CUCCCCCCAUAAUAAAUAUAUAUUCCACGUCCAUCCAUCUUGUUCUCUUCUCCAUUCUCCCCCUUCUCUCUCAUCCCAAAAGUACCAUCCAUACGUUUUCAAACAGCAAGAAUGGUCAAAUCAGCCGUCCUCGGAUACCCACGUAUCGGCGUGGGUAGAUCCAUGAAGAAGAUCAUCGAGUCCUACUGGGCUGGAAACGCUUCUGCCGAGCAGCUCCAGGAGACUGCCAAGAGCGUCAGGAAGGAGCGAUGGGAGACCAUCAAGAACGCCGGUGUGGACAUCAUCCCAAGCGGAGAGUUCACUCUCUACGACCAACUCCUCGACCACUCUUACAACUUUGGCGUCAUCCCUGAGCGAUAUGCCUCUCAGCAGCUCAACGGUCUUGACACCUACUUUGCCAUGGGCCGUGGUCGACAGGACAAGGCCAAGGGUGUCGAUGUCGUCGCUUGCGAAAUGGGCAAGUACUUUGACUCCAACUACCACGUUGUCAAAGUCCCUCACGCCCCCAACACCGAGUUCAAGCUCAACCAAAACCAGCAACUCGCUGAAUACGAAGAGGCCAAGGCUCUCGGAAUCAUCACUCGACCCGUCAUCUUUGGUCCCAUCACCUACCUCUCCCUCGUCGCCAAGUCCCGUGAGGCUCCCGCCGACUUUGAGCCCCUCUCCUUGCUCGACAAGCUCCUCCCAGUCUACAAGGAGCUCCUUUCUCAGCUCAAGGGAGCUGGUGUCGAGCACGUCCAGAUUGACGAGCCCAUCCUUGUCCUUGACAAGGCCGAGGCUUGGGGAUCCGAGUACAAGAAGGUUUACGAGGCCUUGGCACCUGUCGCUCCUAAGAUCACCAUCACCUCUUCCUACGGCCGAGUUGGCAAGAGCAUCGAGUACCUGAAGUCUUUGCCCAUCUACGCCCUCCACCUCGACUUGGACCGUGAGCCCAAGCAGCUCGACGAAGUCCUCGCUGCUCUCAAGUCCACCGACAUCAACAUUGAGCUCGGUCUCGUGUCCGGACGAAACAUCUGGAAGACCGAUCUCAAGGCCGCCAAGGCUCUCGCCGAAAAGGCUGUCUCCGAGCUCAGCUCUGAGCGAGUCAACGUUUCCACCUCAUCUUCCCUUCUCCACACCCCUAUCUCCGUCAAGGUCGAGAAGAAGCUCACUUCUGAGCAAUUGAGCUGGCUCUCGUUUGCCGAGGAGAAGUGCGAAGAGGUCGCCGCUCUUGCACAAGCUCUCAACGGAAAGGAGUCUUCCCUCUUUGAGCAGAACACCAAGGACAUCGCCGCCCGAAGAGAAUUCGAGCGAAGCUCGGACUCUGCUGUCCGAGACCGAGUCGCCUCGAUCUCUGAGGAGAUGCUUUCCCGAAAGUCUCCUUUCGCUACCCGACGAGAGGCUCAGAAGAAGCACCUCAACUUGCCCAAGUUCCCCACCACCACCAUCGGAUCUUUCCCUCAGACCAAGGAAAUCCGACAAGCCCGUGCCAAGUUCACCAAGGGCGAGAUCACCAAGGAGGAGUACGAAAAGGCUAUGGAGGCCGAGAUCCAGAACGCUGUCGACUUCCAGACCAAGGUCGGCCUCGACUUGUUUGUUCACGGUGAACCCGAGCGAAACGACAUGGUCCAGUACUUUGGAGAACAGCUCAACGGAUUCAUCUUCACUCAGCUUGGAUGGGUUCAAUCUUACGGUUCCCGAUACGUCCGACCUCCUAUCGUCGUCUCGGAUGUCUCCCGACCCUCCCCUAUGACCGUUCGAUGGUCCGCCUACGCUCAGAGCCUCACCGACAAGCCCAUGAAGGGAAUGUUGACUGGACCUGUCACCAUCCUCAACUGGUCUUUCCCCCGUGCGGAUGUCUCCAAGGAGGUUCAAUCCAAACAGCUCGCUCUCGCCCUCCGAGACGAAGUCGUUGACCUUGCCAACGCCGGUAUCAAGGCCAUUCAAGUCGAUGAGCCUGCCAUCCGAGAGGGUCUCCCCCUGCGAAAGGCCGACUGGGACAACUACCUCACCUGGGCAGUCGACUCUUUCCGUCUCUCCACCUCUGGAGUCGGAGACGACACUCAGGUCCACUCCCACUUCUGCUACUCUGACUUUGGAGACAUUUUCCCCUCCAUCCAGCGAUUGGAUGCCGAUGUCAUCUCCAUCGAGGCUUCCAAGGCCGACCUCAAGCUUCUCGACGUCUUCAAGUCGUACGGCUACUCCAACGAGAUCGGACCUGGUGUCUACGACAUUCACUCUCCUCGUGUUCCUGGUGAGCAGGAGAUCAAGGACCGACUUGAGGCCAUGGCCAAGGUUUUGCCUGCCGAUAACCUGAUCGUCAACCCUGACUGUGGUCUCAAGACCCGAGGCUGGAAGGAGACCGAGGAGUCCCUCUCCAACUUGGUCGCUGCCGCUCGAUGGGCUCGAUCCAGCCUCGUCACUGCCUAAGUGCGCGAGUGUCCUUCCCGGAAAGAAAUAAGAGGUUUCAACAGCCUUGUCCCAACCCAAUAGAGUUCUGUGUUUCUGGUCACUCCAUUCGAUCACCCAUCAUUGUACAUACCAUCUAGUCCAAAUAUACCCUCUACAACACCACCCACAAUCGAACCUUUUCUAUCACGAUCCUACUCCCAAUAUAACAAGGAGAAUGACAACGAGUCUAGACUGCCAGCGGCGCAGGUUGUGAAGGAGGAGGAAGAGUAGCAGCAGUAGUCGCAUAGAUACAGUAGGAAUAAAGCAAAAGAAAUGAAAGUCUGUUCAACCGGA